UUUUAAUCUAAUUCAACUACACUACUGUGUCGUUUCAAUAAUGCAGCAUAUCCAAAACGAAGCAAAUUUGUGAAGUGUCACAAAAAGUGUGGGGUAAAAAAGAACAUAGAUUUCCCUCACAACCUUAUCUUCUGUGAAACACUCCAACAUCUUCUCAUUCCAUCAACAACACCUUCAUCAUGACUGUUACAACAACUCCCUCCACACUUCUCAAUCCACAGUUUCUUCACAAGAAUAUUAGGCACAAUAACAUUUGGAUUUUCACCAACAAGACUCAGUUUUCUAUUCAUAGAACACAAUUUCACUUCUCUCACAUUGUACCUAUUCAUGCAACCUUAAAGGGUUCAAAGGGAUUUGGACCUUCUCCAAAGAAAAAGAAAAAGACAUUUAAGAAUCUCAAAAAGAACAAAGAAGAGGAUAAUAGAGAAGAAGAGGGAAAAGAAGAAGAGAGAGAUGAAGGGGUGAUUCCUGAAGUAGUGACCAACAGAAUGAUAGGUAGAAUGGGAUUAUCUGUGGGGAUUCCAUUGAGUAUUGGGCUUUUGUUUUUUCCAUUUUUUUACUAUCUUAAAGUUGGUUUGAAAAUUGAUGUGCCAACUUGGGUUCCUUUCAUUGUGUCUUUCUUCUUUUUUGGGACUGCUCUUUUGGGUGUGAGUUAUGGGAUUGUGUCUGCAAGUUGGGAUCCUUUGAGGGAAGGGUCACUUUUGGGAUGGACUGAAGCACAAAAGAAUUGGCCUGUUUUUUGGCAAUCAUUUAGAGGUGAUUCUAGAAAGGAUUAACCUUUUUUCCCACUAUUUGUUAUUUAUGUCUUACCAAAAGAAUAGUAGUUGUUUUUUCUCUUUUCUAAGUUUUCAACCUUCAAUGAUAAACAUGUUGUUGAGAAAGUGAAUUGAAGAGAGAAUUGGCAUGGAUCAAAUGAAUAUUACAAUUGAUAAUGAACUACAAAGCAAGUAUUCUUACUUGCAAGAUGAAACAGUGAAUUCAUUGUCUUGAGAAUGAAAAGUGACUAAUUUUUCAUACCA